CGUGCUUCUCUGACUUGACAAUUUUCGGUUUACUUUUAUCCUGAUUGGUUAGUUGCCUUCUGACGGUUCAAAUAAGUAAAUAAAUAAAUACGAAGUGUUAGCUGUCUGAAGUGUUAGCUGAAAAGUCGGAUCAGUCAUUGUCUAUCCAUGGCACCAAAAAGCAAAAAGAGAAAAUUCAAUAAAGUAGACAAGGAUUUGAAUUCUUAUAAGGAGGCUGAUCCUGAUCCAACUUCAGAGGACUUUUUGUAUGAUGAUGUUGACAAAUUUCAUCUUGAUCAAGAAAAGAUUUUGUUAUCAAAAACUAAUUACUAUGAUAGGAGAUCAGAUUCAAAAGUUACAGAUGAAAUCUUGGGAGUUGCUUCCGAUAGUGAUGAGGACGAUGAGAAGAUAGAGGAAUACGAACGACAGCUGAAGAGAUUCAAAGGUUAUGCAGAUUACGAAACUCAGGAGGUGGACAAGGCAUCGGACAACGAGGAAAUGCCACAGCUGGAAGACGACCUGCCAUCAGAUGCUGAUGAUGAUCAGUUGGAGGAAAAAGAGGCCCUGCAGCUUCAAAAAAAAUUGAACAGUUAUUUAGAUGAAAAUGAUUUUGGUUUAUCACUAAUUCAAUCUGCAUGCAGUAAUGUUUCUGAAUUUAAAAAUAUUCAAAAUAAUUUAUCGGAUUUAACACUGAAAGAAAAAAAAGUAUUGUUGCUACAGGAAUCCCCGGAAUUGUUCAAACUUAUAGAUGAGCUGAAAUCCAAACUUUCUUUGAUUUUAAAGGUUUAUUCAAACUUUAAAGCCCGAAGUGAUGGUACAAGUAAAUUUCAUUUAAAAUUAUUGUUGGACUAUUGUGCCAACUUGAAUUUUUAUCUAGCUCUUAAAUUUCAAAGAGAAGAUGUAACAAAUCACCCAGUCAUUGACAGAAUUUGUUAUUAUAGCGAUAUAUUAAAGUCAUUUGCCAAAGGUGCAUUGGUCUCGAUGACUUCUAAAAAUAUCAACAAGUCAGCUGAACUGUCUUUCCUUGCUGACGAGUUUCAGAAAAUUGAAGAUGAUGUUGAAGAUGGUGAUGAAGUAGUUGAUACAAGAAGAGGUAUAAACAAAACGAUAGAAAAGAACAGAGGCCUGACACCCCAUAGGAAAAAAGAAAACAAAAAUCCACGUGUGAAGCAUAGAAACAAGUAUCGUAAGUCAAAGAUUAGAAGGAAAGGUCAGAUUCGUGAACCUAGAAAAGAAUUAGUGAAAUAUAGUGGAGAGAUAUCGGGGAUUAAACCAGGAAUUAAAAGGGGUAUAAAGAUGAAGUAACACUGAUUAGAAUAGAUAUUAUUAGACAUGUCCCUCCAAACAAUAGAUUUAGAAAUAAUUAAGAUGUAAUGUGACUAACCUGUCAGCAAACAAGUUCCUGUUAAGAGAGAUCCAAGACUUGCUGUUAAACUUUUGCUGGAUUUGAAAUAGUCUAGAAACUCGAUGUAAAAUAUUCCAAACGUGAAUGUGACACCAUCUAUCAGUAGAUGUGACAUGAAUGAUGCAAAAACAAUGACCCAUCCAUACCCUCCAUCUGGUGGGGUGCUCACUUCUACAUUUACAACUUUAUCAUUUUUUUCUUUUGGAUCUUCUUUCUUAACAUGUCUACCAUUGUUUUUGUUGAUUUUUGAAGUCAUUUCAAUAAAUUGUUAUAUGAAAAUUAAUUUAAUUUUCUUGUUAACAUGUGUAAAUAAAUAUAUACAAACAUGAUUCCAAAUUCGACUGCGUUUAGAUUGUACACUACAAUUUUUAUCAACAAAGAUAUCUGAUUAUUGCAUUAGUUUCUUAUGUUGCUUGUUAAAUAAACGUGAUACAAUAUCGUU